UGUUGGAAAGGGAAUCUUAAGAAACGACGUAGUUUGAUUCUUCUCGAUCUCCAUCCUCUCUCUUCCUGGAUUCGUACUGCUUCCACAGAUUUCUCUUUGUUUUGUCUGCAAACCCUAGCUUGAAUCCCCUUUCCAUUUCCUCCUUCCUUCGUUGAUUCCGGUGUUGUUGUUUCAUUUCUUUCCCGAAAACGCUAGUGUGGGAAGCUUCUUCCCCCUUCUCCUGAAUUGGAUUUGGGAAUCCCUCCCUGCUGUUUCUCAGUCUGCCGGAGAAUUGUUCGGGAGCUGCGAUUUGGGGUUUUGAGUCCUAAUGCACUUCCGGCAUCUAUUGGAGUUUAGUCUUUGAUUGCUUCUAGCUCCUUUUCCAAGAUGGGUUUUGUAUUCUCCGAUCAAAUGUUGGGUACUUUUGUGCCAAUUGUGGUUUACUGGUUGUAUUCUGGGAUUUAUAUUCUACUGGGCUCAUUUGAGAACUACCGGUUGCACUCUAAGGAAGAUGAGCUAGAGAAGAACGUAGUGCCCAAGAGCACUGUGGUCAGAGGCGUUUUGCUUCAACAGACUAUUCAGGCAGUCGUUGCGAUCCUCUUGUUUAAGGUGACAGGAAAUGAUGGGGAGGUUGCUACAGCUCCAAAAUCUUGGCUAACAAUCGUCCUUCAGUUUAUUGUUGCGAUGCUCGUGUUGGACACUUGGCAAUACUUCAUUCACAGAUACAUGCAUCAGAAUAAGUUCCUAUACAAGCACAUCCAUUCCCAUCAUCACCGGUUGGUUGUACCUUUUGCAUUUGGAGCUUUAUACAACCAUCCAUUGGAGGGUCUUCUCCUCGACACGAUCGGUGGAGCUUUAUCUUUCCUCGUCUCUGGGAUGUCCUCUCGAGUCUCCAUCUUUUUCUUUUCAUUCGCCACCAUCAAAACAGUAGAUGACCAUUGUGGAUUAUGGAUUCCCGGGAACCCUUUCCAUGUGUUCUUCAGAAACAAUUCUGCAUAUCACGAUUUCCACCAUCAGCUAUAUGGCAGUAAGUAUAACUUCUCCCAGCCAUUUUUUGUUAUGUGGGAUAGAAUAUUUGGUACCUAUAUGCCUUACUCAGAGAAGAGAGCCGGGGCUGGUUCGGAAGCGCGAGUUAAGGAAGAUUAGUUGUUCCAUAGCAAGCAUAUAUUAUUUUCCUCACUGUUACUUUUUUUUUCCUCUCUAUCUCUCUCAGCCACCACACUGCUAAAUUUGUAUCAUACGCCUGCUCGUGUCUUACACUCUUGUUAGUAUUAUUUCCUCGUCGUUUCAUAGCUGAUUCGUGUUGUGAUUUGAACCUUUCUUUUUCUUGUACCUACUCCUUGUGAACAGAGAACCUCUGAUUUUUCCUUCUUUCGAUUUGGUUAAACGUUACUUAUCCCUUUCCCAGCUGCA